UAGUACCAAUCCAAAUUUUUUUAAAAAAAAAAGAUCGAUGACUAAUCGUACUUUAGUAAUGCUGAUAUUAGUAAUAACGUACGGUAGUAUCGCGGUUAAAGGAAGCAAUGGUCAUCCUUGUAGCAGCACAUUCUUUUCAGCGUUGAUUCAGCUGAUACCUUGUAGGGCAUCGGUGGUUCCGUUCAGUUCGGUACCACCGAGCGAAGCGUGCUGCGCUUCGAUCAAGGCUUUAGGGCAGCCAUGUCUCUGUGUUCUUAUCAAUGGCCCUCCUAUUUCUGGUGUUGAUCGAAACAUGGCCGUACAGCUUCCUGAUAAGUGCACUGCCAACUUUGAACAAUGUGAAUUUGGAAAGUAGGAGAUACUAGAUUGAUUCUAGUAGGUGUGGUGAAGAAGAAGUCUAUAGAUCAAUAAAUAUGUGCAGGGGAGCUUAGCAACUCUGAACAAUUAGAAAUAUUUACUAAAUCAAAUUAAGUGUUUACUUAAUUGUUAUAAUAAUUUAUUUAGCUUGCCUUAAUAUCCUUGUUAUUGUAAUAAUGGCCAACAUUAAUAUUAUGUAAUGCAAAAUGGUCGCUUAGAAAUGGUAAUUAAACAUUACUCAUUAGAACUUAGUGAAUAUUUAUCAUUUUGGUGUCA